AUGAAUACUGCCGUCAAGAAGUCACCGCUUCAGGUGGCUAUGGUUGGCAUUGGUCAUCGUGGAUACAAGACCCAUUUUCGUAUCAUUCUCGAGAACCCAAGAUCAUGGACUGUGGUGGCCUGCUGUGAUACCAACGAGAACACCCGACAGGCUUUUUCUCAGAAACAUCCGAACAUCAAUGUAUACAAAGAUGUCGACGAUCUACUGAAGAACAACAAGCAGAGACUAGACUUUGCAAUUGUCUGCGUCCCGCACCAAUACCACUUAGAAUGCUGUCGGGCGUUAGCUCAGAGAGGAGUACCUAUCCUGAAGGAGAAACCCGUUGCAGAGUCGCCGGUCGAAUAUCAGCAGCUCCAGCAACUUCCCGUCAAAAUCGGCAUUACUUUCCAGAAGCGCUUUGAGCCACGCUAUCUGGCGAUCAGGGAUCUCAUUUCCCAGGUUGGACAGGUUGCUUCAUUCACUGCAACACUUACAGCCAAUAUCACGGAACUGGACGCUACGUGGAGGGCAACAAGUGAUGUUGGUGUUACUGAAGACUUAGGAUGCCAUAUGUUGGACAUGAUCGUGUCCCUCUUCGGGAGGCCGACUUCAAUCACCGCCCAGAAUACCAGGGGCAUCGGGGUUGACCAGGAAUAUGGGGGAGAUGACGUUUCGAACAUCAUCAUGAACUUUGGAGAGGCAGCAAAGCGUAACAUAGGUCAUGUUCAUCUCUCGAGAGUAGCUCACAGGAACGAAGAACGUCUCAUCAUUACUGGUACCCACGGCACCUUUGCCUUGGAAGGCAAAGAUGUAAGGCUACGAGAUAGUAAUGGCAACGAAACGUUUCAUUUCCACGACACUUCUGAGAAGAAGUAUGUUGUCAACUCGAUGUUGCAACAGUUCUCUGCCUGGGUCACCGGUGCAAAGUCCGAUUUCCUCGCCUCUAUCGCCAACCUGGAAGAUACAGUCAUGGUGAUGGAAGCCACUCGCCGUGCAUACAACAACCCCAAUGCCACUGAGACGGUUACUACUACCGGAAACUCUGCUGGAUCUUAUGCACAAGCUUCUCUAGCAGGUGUACAUCAUGUAUGGCCACUGCUUUCACCCGAGUCUGAGGCUGCUGUUGUACGUCAGAUGCAUUCUUCACUGUCCAUCUACAACAGGUCCGACAUCUAUGAGGUCUUUGAAGAAAAAUGGCUCAAGAUGCAUGGCUUGAAACACGCUCUUGUAUGCAGCUCUGGGACAAUAGCAAUUCUUCAUAUGUUUGAGGCGUUGGACUUGCGACCUGGAGAUGAGGUUCUCUGCCCCGUAUACACUUUCUUCGCCACAGCAUCGCCCUUAAUGCAGUAUGGUGCUGUCCCUAUAUUCUGUGACAGUCUGGAGGAUGGAAACAUCGAUCCAGAUGAAAUACUCAAGCGAGCCACGCCUAAAACAAAGGCAGUUAUCGUCACACAUAUGUGGGGAUUGCCAUGUCGUAUGCGCCAGAUUGUCGAUAAUGCUCGGAAGGUGAACAUCAAGGUGUUGGAAGAUUGCUCCCACGCCCAUGGCGCGAUUGUUGAUGGCCGGAUGGUCGGAUCCUGGGGUGAUAUGGCUGCGUGGUCUUUACAAGCUAAGAAGAAUGUAAUGGGCGGACAGGCCGGCGUCCUAGCUACCAAUUCGACGGAUUACUACUCCCGAGCCAUUCUUCAUGGGCACUUCAAUAAACGUGCGAAGCAGGAAGUUCCGCAGGAUCAUCCAUUGCGGAAAUUUUGGCAACUUACCACUGAAUCUACUCAAGUGACGGGCCUAGGGCUAAACAUGCGAGCCCACCCACUGGCAAUAGCUCUUGCGAACCAGCAACUUGAUCUCCUGCCAGCCCAUGAUCGAUACCGCCAACAUUAUGCUUCCUACAUUGCAAAAGGCCUAUCCACUAUUCCCUUUCUCAAAAUGCCUGUUGUCAACAACAACAGCAAUGAUAAGCAUGCCUGGUAUGCCUUUGUAAUGCAAUUUGAUUCCACAAAGGCACCUGAGGGCCUCACCCGUGAUGAGUUUGUGCGGGAACUAGUCGAUGUCCAUGGGUUGCAGGAAGUGGACAUCCCGCGUUCAACAGGCUUGCUGAACGAGUUGCCAUUGUUUACCCAUUCCCACGAAGCUGUUCCAAGAUUUGGUGAUAAAAGAUGGGGCAAGAUACAGCCAACGACAGAAUUCCCGAAUGCGCUGCAAUUUUAUCAGUGUGCUAUAAAGCUCCCUGUGUGGGCUACAGAGAGUGACAUGCCUAUCGUGGAACACUAUGUGAAGACAUUCCUAGCUGUUGCUCGUGAGAUGACACAGCGGGCACUGAGACGAAAGAAUCCGGGCCCUGGCUCCAUUGAUGAACGGAUUCAAGCGAGACUAUAG